CACUGGCAGAGUCAUUCGAAAAAUUUUUACGAAUCGAGGAAGGCACGGGUACGUCCGGAUUUUAGCGCGAUUUCGUGAGUGUUUGGUUGCCACUCGAGUGUAAAGAAAUUUGUACACCCCCGAAAUAAAGUCGCGAGUGCAACUUGUGUAAAUACGGAGCGGAGAGGUGCGCAAGCAUUUUUCCAGUGUCAAACCAGUUUGAAAAGUUCGAUUAUAUAUGGUUAAAUAUAUAUAUGUGUGCCGCCUGUUCUAAUCUCUAAAUCAAUAAACAAAACUGGAAGCGAUUAGCUGAAGUCACAGCAUCAGCAGCCAAUUCUACGUAACAAGUCAGCGGGAAAAUGAAGCCAAAGCAGAAGAUUUCCGUAGAGCCGCUCCUGCUCCUCGCGAUUCUACUUGGGAUUCUGGUAGCCGCCACCCACGCUCAAGAUCAGAAAAUCGGGAAACCAUCGGCGGCAGCGCCAUCAGCAGCAGCCUCUCGAUCCCGGGAUGAUAUCUACAUCGAUGAUGAUACCAACGAGGGCUCCGGCGGACAUGGCGGGAUACACGACGAUCUAGAGAAAGAACCAGACUAUUCUGGCUCAGGCUUUGGACCCGAUGACGAGGACGCCGAACCCGACCAGCACUCGCACAGUUCGCACAACACGCGCAUCUCGCAGAACGGCAAUGCCGGCAUAAACAGUAAGCAUAACUCGAACGAGAACUACGGCAAGAACAGCAACAGCGACCUCAUCUCGAGUAGAUUCAACAACAAUAAUAAUCACAAUCAGAUCGACAACAGCCAGAAUAUCAAUCUCAAUCCCAAUAAUAACCAUCAAACGAAUAGUGGCACAAUCAUUGGUAGUAGCACCACAGCGAACAAUAAUAAUAACCACAAUAUCAACAUCAACAGCCAGAACGGCAUCAUCAGUGGCAGUGGUAGUGAGAUCGGUGGCCAUAGCACUGGCAUUAACUCAAUCGCAGCUCAUACACCAACACUACCCUCAUCCACAAUCUCAACAACCUCGAGUUCUACACCAACGCCUACUACAACCACCACCACAACGGCAGCAACAACGACAUCAACAACCUCCACAACCCAAGAACCCUCUGUUAGUAGCAACACCACAACGACCACAACAACAGCCCCCACGAUCCCCACACCCAUACAGCCCAAUCAGCCCAUAUUCCCGCCCUUCGACAAGGAUCUCGACUCGGAGGCCAGUGGCGAUGGAAACGAUUCCGAUAUCGAUGACAACGAGGAUGAAGAUGUGGACGACAAGGACUAUGACUAUAACAAGGAAUUGGACAAAGAAAUUGAUAUCGAUGGUCCAGCAUCUGUUCCUCAAGAACCACACGUUCCCCAACACAAUGAUGGUGACGAUGAAGUUUUCACCACGGACGAAAUCGAUGUGGAUGGCGCCGAUGAGGAUGAAGUUGUGGAUAGCGAUGUCGGUGGUCCCAGAAUCGGUGGCAACGAUGGAGAUAUUACAGAGCGCGGACCGGGCGCAGGCGGUAGCAACGUGCACGAAUUGGACCCCAACACGAACGUGAACAGCCAGCCCUCCGACACCAAGAGCACUGAUCACAGGCCCAACGGCAACGAGGUGGUCAUCAUGAGCGAGGACGAUCGCACGUCGAGCUUCUUCUCGCAGCCCGGCAUUCUGGCUGCUGUUAUUGGCGGUGCCGUCGUCGGCCUGCUCUGCGCCAUACUCGUGGUGAUGUUCAUCGUGUACCGCAUGAGGAAAAAGGACGAGGGCUCCUAUGCGCUGGACGAGCCCAAGCGGUCGCCGGCCAACAAUUCGUAUGCGAAAAACGCGAAUAAUCGCGAGUUCUACGCCUGAGAUAAUGGCACGGCGCGCAGGUAUUAAGUUGGCCACGAGAGCAGGAACGAGCUGUGAGGACGACGGACGGGAGUGCGGAGAACUGGACGGAGGCGGAGCGACUGGGAUUGGCUAGGCUCAACUGGAUACACUGCGCGGAGUGGGGUGCACCGCCAUCGGCAGUCCACUGAAACAAGGAUAACUCAUCCGCAGCAGCAGCUACAAAACAAACACAAAAUCAAUUGAAAAUUUCGAAACAUUUUCAAACACACACAAUUUUUCGUGAGGGGUAAAUAAAGAUAAAAUACAAAAAAAAAACAUAAACAACCGAUCGGCAAAAUAAUAACAAAAAAAGAAUUGAAAACUUACCUGUAAGUUAAAGCAAAAUACACACACACAGACGGACAAGCGUAUCUCUGCGUGUGUGGGUGUGUGUAUGCGACCUUUCUAAUUAAGUAAGUUUUAAGCGACAGAAGGAAACAAAAAUAUCAAAUAUAAAUGCAAAUAAAUCAAGCGAAAUUUAAUAUAUAAAUAAUAUAUUAUAUAUAUAAAUAGUGAAACCAAUAUAAGGGCGGGCAAAAUUAAGCAAAUUAAUUAUGAAUUACGAUUAUGUAGAGCAAAAGCAGAAGGAGCAGGAGAAAUUGAAUAAUAACUAUAAUAAUACACACUCACACGCGCAUCCAACUACAUAGAUGUAAAAGGCAACUUUCGUGCAUAUUGAAUAUAAAUGUAUGGAUUAUAUAUGUUAGCUGAAUAACGAAAGCGAAUUGGAUACAUCACGAUUAUCACUCAACCCUCGGUAGACCCCCGUCGAACCACCCGCACACACAACUCUUAACCCUUUAUUUCAACCAUUUUUAAACAAAGUCCAAUGAAAACAAUUAUAACUAUGAAUUGUGCGGCACAUAGCAAACGGAAAUCGAUGCAUAAAUGUUUUUAAGUUAUACAUAAGCAAAACUAUGUAAUUAUUAGUGUAAUUCCUAAAGCAAAGAAAACAAAACAAAAAUCGAAAAAUACUAAAUGAAGCAAAAAACAGAUUUAUGAACACUGUGAACCUUCCUGGCAACUAAAAACAAACAGAAUUGUAAUGAAAGAACUGUUUCUACUUUUUUCUAGAAAACACAAAACCGUGAAUUUUUAUUGAAAUGAAGCUAAAAUUGAAAUUGGAACAAGAAUACGAAUCCGAAUACGAAAUGAAAUGAGAAUGCAAUUGUACAUUAAUUUAGGUUUCCACUUGGGUUUAGAGUUAUUCGAGAUUUCCUUCGCUUGACUCAACUGCUUCUUCCAUGGCUAAGAAUCAAAAUCGGAUUAACGCAUUAAUUAUUGUGCAUUUAUUUAGUUUUUACGUUCGCUGUCAAUGACAAUUGUUUAGUUUUGCAAGCAAAAUACAAAGCGAAUUAGGAACGACAAGGAGAACAAGAACAGCCACAGAUCAUAACCACCAUGCAAUAGUGAAAAUUAAUUGUUAAGUUUACAUGGCAAAUUCAAUUAAACUAAAUCAAGAGCAGUCCAGCAACAAAUGUUAUACUCACCUACACCCACAACACGCCCACAACACACCCCGUACACGAACCAACCAAUUAGCUGCAAUACUUGUUUAAUUGUUAGUCAACCAUUAUUCUCUCUCCAACUCUCAUGCCAUAUUUUCAUUGCGAAAAGAAAGUUAUGAAAAAAAGAAAAACGAAAACUAAUAUAUAACGUAUAAGUAUAUAAUUAGCAACAUAAAUCAAUUGAGUGUGUUACUGUGUAUAAUGCAUAAAUAAUGAAUUAAACAUACUACUACUUCGGCAGCAGAGCAUAUAACAAAGGGAAAUUUCGACAUCAUCAACAGAACCGAGAACUAUUUCCCCCCUUUCCGGAAUCCAAACUGAAACUCAAACACACACACAACGCGACGAUGCAAACAAACAUGAACAGCAGCAACAGGAACUAAAAAGAACAUUUUUCUGAACACAACUUUUUCUACACUGUAAAAAACGCAACCGCCACUUUUUGAUAUGUACAAGUACUAUGUUUGUUCUACUCUCGACCCAUAGUACGUUUUGGUCAAAUUUUACAUCAAGUUUUUUUGCUACUUUGUAAGCGUUUAGUUUGUUAGUUUUUUAAAAUGCGCUGAAUGUACUGAGAAAUUGGUUUUGAUUUGCUAAAUAAAACUGGUAUAAAACUAAUUUAAACAAA